UUGUUAGGUAAUCAACACUUGAAGCGAGUGGCUUUUUGCAGUUGUGAAAGCCAUGCUGUGACACUACUCCGGUUGCAUUUCUGGCCUGGCUCUCCAGAAAGGCCUACUAUUGGCUUUCAUUUUAGAAUUAUGGAUUUAGCUGAAAAGUUGUUUCUACAUAAUCAGGUUCCUUUGAAGGAUUUUUCUGAGAUAAUCAUGGAAUUACUUCCAUCACUGCAAUCUGUUCAUGUUAAAUCCUUUUACCGCACUUUAAAUUCUGGAUCUUUUGAGGAAUACAGAUAUUUUAAAUACAAAUUAAAAUAUCUGGAUUCCUAUAUCCCAGGGCUAUAUAACGGUGUCAUUUGUCCUAUACUGAUAAGCCUAACGCCAGAAAGUGGAACCUUAAUUGAAUGUGUUGAUGCAUGUUUUGGUCUGCCAAGAAGGAAAGGGAAAGGUGAUAUAAGCAUUUCUUCACGCCACAAGACAUUGUUGUUCAGCGAUCAAGAUGAUGUUGAUAACUUUGUUGAUAAUUAUGAACACACAAAAGAGAAAUCACAAACACAGGACUGUCACAGAUUUCAUGCUGGUGAAGUAAUUUCAGCAAUUAGAAGUAAAGGCAAAAAUAAACUUUUUGAUGAAAAAGGAGUGUUUGGCAGGGUUUGUCGGCAUGACUUUCCAAAAAGCUUACUCAGCAUCAAACAUGGUGAAAGAAUUUCCUAUGCUGUAUAUGAGCUAGAAAAACUAAAGGCUGGCAUUUCUGCAGAAUCACUCAAUUAUGUUCUGAUGUACGACAUUGCCUGUGUUUUAUCAAACCACCUGCAGGGCUCCGGCCAGCAGUCUUUGCUGUCGAAUACAACUCUUGCAAUACCAAUAUUUCAUUGUUAUGGGCAUAAAGCCUCUUGCCAGGUCAAAUAUAGUCCACGAAGAAAGGCGAAUGUUGGUUUAACCGAUGGAGAAGGCGUUGAGCGUUUUUGGUCAUUUCUUAGACAGUUUUCCUCAAUAACCAAAGAAAUGUCUGUUGAUAAAAGAAGUGAUGUGCUAACUGACGCUACUAUCCAUUAUGGUGAACAUCUUGUUGCAAAAUUUGGUCCUUCUCUAAAGUCGAAGCUCGUUAGGGCGCAGUCUUUGCUGAUCACUGUUGACCAAGAAUUGAGCAAUUUAAUCGCGAAUUUGCCAGAUGAGUGUAAUGAGGCUAAAAUUCGGAGCUGGAUCAAGGAACAAUUUGAAGAAAUUGCACCAGUUAUGGAAGACCUUGAAUACCAGUGGGAUGAAUCUUAUGUGGAUUUACUUCUUUCAGCAAAAAAGUUGCGAAACGAAAUGAGUUUUUCAAGAGAGGAAGAGCCGGAAAGGAUUCCCAACAUUGAGAGAAGGAUAAGUAGGAAUGAAAAAGCGUUAUAUUCCCUGGAGAAACGUCAUGGUGUUCGAACAAGAUGGAAGAAAAAAGAAAAAGCAUAUCAAAAUGCGUAUACAAGACUUAUUGCCAAGAAACAGCAAAAGUUACUUCAUACCCUUCAUAGGAUGGCGUCGGAGAGAAUGUUUUUAUUAGAACUUAAAGCAAAAUAUGCUGAUGGUCAAGCUAUUGCAAUAAAGCUUGGCAGUCAAAUCGAUCGCGUGGUCGCCAACAUCACUCGGAACGUAAGCUUGAUUAAUGGGAUGAAUGAGAACGAUGAGAUUUCCUUUGAUGAUGUAAAGGAUCCAAACGGGGAAGUAUAUCAUGGUAUUGUCGAACCCAAUAUUGAAACAGGAGUACCAUCAAGAGUAAAAAAUAGAGCGGUUGAUCUUUUGUGUCUUAAAGAUAGGUGUGAAGAGGAACAAAAUAUGGUGAAAAAAGAGAUGUCUACAUUUAUUUCAUUUCUCACCAAACAGAUUGAAAUAAUUCAAUCAUUUAUCGAUCGUGAAGUUUCCAGCGACGACGAACUUGGUUUGCACUCCCUCGCCAUUGAAAAGAUGAUGUUUUAUCAGCGCCAAGUAAACGUAGUGAAUGAGUUAUGGUCCGGAUUUAAAGUUUUACCUUUCACUACAGAGGACAGUGAGAUGGUGGAGCCCAUAUCAGCCUUAUAUAAAGAAGAUCUAGAAUUUUAUGAUGAUGUCGAAUAUAUGUAAAUACAUACUAUACUUGGAG